ACCUAUAUAGACAACAGGAACACUGACAUGAUAAACUGGCCUAAACAGACCUCAAUUCUGUUAGUUAUUUACAUAUAAAAAAAAAUGUGCGUGUGUACACUCCUCAGUGUCUUCAUAAGCUUCUGUGUCUCUCCUGCUCUCACCCCAACCCUGCUCAUCUCAGCUGGACAGUCAGGGACGUUUACAGCACACACUGACAACAUGCUGUGGACUCUGCUCACUCUCAUCGCUGCUCUGACAUAUGUUGAUGCAGCCAUAACGCUGACCCAGACGCCGGCAGUCCUCACAGUCGCUCCAGGAGAGGAGGCCGUUCUCAAAUGCAACAUUGAGAGAGAUUACGGAAAUUUUGUCAGCUGGUUUAAGCAGACUGACGGUGAGGAUCGUCAGUAUGUUCUGAGAUAUUACUACGGCCAUAAUCACCCUGACUUUGGAACAGGGUUCUCCUCAGACCGAUUCCACUCCAAAUGCACAUCAAAGCUAGAUUAUCAGUUCAUCAUAAAGAGAGCGGAGAUAGGAGACUCUGCGGUGUAUCUCUGUAAGGCAUGGGAUACCUCUAGUGAAGCGUGGACUGUGGUAUUCGGAGCAGGCUCCAAGCUGAUUGUGACGAACUCCACCCUCCCUCCUCAUGUCCUCACAGUCCUCCCUCCAUCCAGCGCUAACCUCUGUUCCGACAAAGCCUUCCUGGCCUGUUUGUCCACUCAGUCUGUGCCGUUUGGGGACGUUAGCUGGUUUGCUGCUGGGAGUCCAGUGGAUAGUGGGAUCUUUACCAGCAUGGCUGUUCAGCAACCAGACCAGACUUUCCAAAUCAGCAGCUACCUGGCCAUCAGCAUGUCGGACUGGAACAUGGACAAGGUUUACACGUGUCGAGUGUCUGUGGGCACCCAGACCUCGGAGAAAACCAUCAACAAGUCCCAGUGUCCCACUCAAGAGUAGUAGAGGAGCAGAGGGAGCGUUUCUAAUCUGCUUCUUUCUGCUGUUUGCUCGUUACAAGGUUCACAUGCUGCUAAAGAUGAGUCUGCAUGCUUGGAAUAAAUGUUGUGACGGUUAGGUGGAGGUGUUGGAUCAGCUUUGCAAAUGCUGCU